AUGGAACCAAACCCUCGGUAUUUAGUCUCGCCGGUGCCUUCUCUGAAUAAAUUUGAGUGACAGUCCAAAGGAGGAGGAGGAGGAGGAAGAAGAAGCAGCGGGAGCCAUGAGGCCUAUUCUGAUGAAAGGCCAUGAAAGGCCAUUAACGUUUCUAAAGUACAACAGAGAUGGAGAUCUACUCUUCUCUUGUGCCAAGGAUCACACUCCCACCGUCUGGUUCGCCGACAACGGGGAGCGCCUCGGCACCUAUCGUGGACACAACGGUGCCGUUUGGACCUGCGAUGUCUCCAGGGAUUCGAUGCGGCUGAUCACUGGAAGUGCAGACCAGACGGUGAAGCUAUGGAACGUAGAAACAGGGGCGCAGCUUUUUACCUUCAAUUUUGAUUCUCCGGCUAGGUCUGUGGACUUUUCUGUUGGGGAUAAGUUAGCUGUGAUUACCACCGAUCCUUUCAUGGAAUUGACUUCUGCAAUUCAUGUCAAACGCAUUGCUCGCGAUCCCUCACAGCAGACGGCUGAGUCUGCGCUUGUCAUCAAGGGCCCUCAAGGAAGGAUAAACAGAGCUAUUUGGGGACCCUUAAACAGGACUAUCAUAAGUGCUGGUGAAGAUGCCAUUGUUCGUAUAUGGGAUUCUGAGACGGGGAAACUGCUUAAAGAGUCAGACAAGGAAACCGGCCACAAAAAGACAGUAACAUCACUUUCAAAAGCUGUAGAUGGUUCACAUUUUGUUACUGGCUCCCUGGAUAAAUCUGCUAAGCUUUGGGACAGCAGGACGUUAACACUUAUCAAGACCUAUCUAACAGAACGCCCGGUCAAUGCAGUUACAAUGUCUCCACUUCUUGAUCAUGUAGUACUAGGAGGUGGUCAAGAUGCAUCACAUGUCACAACAACUGAUCAUCGUGCUGGAAAGUUUGAGGCAAAAUUCUAUGAUAAGAUUCUUCAAGAAGAAAUUGGAGGUGUGAAAGGGCACUUUGGACCUAUAAAUGCUUUAGCAUUCAACCCUGAUGGAAAGAGGUACACUUUCUUCUAUUAUGGCAUGUUAUUGCUGAUUAAGUUUCUUAAAACAUUGAUGAGCAAAAGCUCCACAUUUUCAAAUUUAGGUUGAAACACCCUCAGUGUGGUCAUGCUAUGUUUAUUAUCUAUCAACUGUUAAUUAUUACUGCUUUAUUCUCCCUUAAUAAUUGAACACCAUGAUGUUCUUACAUUAGUUUUGUCCUCAUCAUUGGCCAGGAAAUUAUAAUAAGUACCCUACAAGAUAUCUAACAUAUGUUGUGAAUAUCCUGAUAUAAUUGGAAAAAAGGAAACUAGUGCUUUUAAAUGGGCAUUUUAUAGGAAAUUGUAUAAUAAGUACAAAAAGUUAUUUGUGUCUUUGUGUGUGGGGGUGGGGGUGGGGGGGGUGUUUGGUGGUUGUUCUGAUGGUGUGUGCCCCCAAAAUCUUCUGUAUGGACUUUUUAUAAACUUCUCAUGUACUUGGAUCAGGCCUCCUGUUUAGCAUUCUUCUAUGAUUUCGUCAUUUACAAAAAAAAGAGUUGUUUGGUGUUGUCAGUUGUAAAUUCAGUGAGAUUAAGAUUGAUAUUUGAAACAUUUCCAAAAUUGCCUAUAAGAACUCUUGAGCUUCUUCAUGAUCUUUUGAGGCUGCUGCAACCAACAUAUCUUUAUUUUUAUUGUGUUCACAUCUUUAUUUCAUUUUGCUUGAAAUCUUAUCUUUAAGUAAAUUUGGUUAAAAUGAUUGUAAUACUGGUGCCCGACAAUAUAUUGAAAUAAAAAAAAUUACUGAAACUAGUGGAAGGAUAAUAACCUAUGAACCUAUAAGCAGUAGUUUCUGUCAUUUCACCUUUUUAUGAAGUAGUUAACAAGCAUGCCCCUGCCCUUUUUACCUCAUAGAAAGUUUCAGGUUAAUUUAUUUCCCAUCUUACUAGUUUGGGAACUGAUGUUAAACCUGGUCAGAGCUGUAAUAUCUAAGUUUCUACCUCAUAAAUUCAUGUUGUAUGAUGAUCAAAUUCCCUGCACAUUCAAUCCCAUGUCAUAGUGCCUGCAGAAUGAUUAAUGUGCAACUCAUUCAACUGAAAAGCUGCAAUCUAAUGUUUAAAAUCUAGUAAUCCUACUGUUUUUUUAAUGGUGAGAGAAAAGUAUGGCAACAGUUGAAAUUGUAAUUUCAAUGGCAAUCAUAAGUCAAGGUUUCAUGAAAACUGGAAAAGAAAAAUUUUAUGUAUCUGUGGAUGAUAUAUAGGAAAUAUUCAUAUUUAAGACAUCCUGGGGCACAAUGUUGAAGGUGUUUGACCACAUUUAAUUUGUACAUGCCUAUUGCAUGGAUGGAUCUGCAAAGCCAAGUAUGAUUUCUUGACAGUUAGUUGUAUUUGUUCCUUUUAGGCGCAUUUAUAAAUGUUUCCCCAUUUGCCUAUCAAAAAAUAGAAAAGUUGUAUUUGUUAAAAAGAUAAAAUACAAUGUUCAAAGAUAAUAUUUAAAAAUCCUUGGGACCUUUGCUGGCUGGGAAAAAUCUAUUUAAGUGGUUGGGAAGUUAUGUCUAUUUGAAGUUUUAAUGAGAUGACAAGAGUUGCAAGGUUUUGAUUUUGAUUUGAGAUUUUCCUUGUCAUUUAUAUUGCACUGUUUGUCUGAUAUUCAUUUGCUGUUUGGGUAAGAUGUGUCUGAUUCCUAUUGAUAAAUUUUUAGUUCUAUUUGUUUUUAGUAUUUUGUUAUCAGUAUGAUUUAUAUUUCAGAAAUCAUACCAACUCUAACCUCUGCUUAAGUUAAUAUGCACAAAAUUGCCAUGCACAUCAAAGAAGUAGAAUUCUGUUAUGCAUGUUGCUAAUAUGGGAGAAAUGAAGAUCUAAAAUUUUUGUGACCUUGAUUUUGUUUUUCCUCCUGUAGUUUCUCAAGUGGCGGUGAGGAUGGAUACGUAAGACUACAUCAUUUCGACCCAGAUUACUUCAAUGUCAAAAUUUAGAUCCAGAGCAAAUAGCAAGCGAGCUUUUCCUUUCCUUGGACUUACCAUUGUAACAGGCAUUUUCUUCAACAAGAUUUUGCAUUUUCUCGUCCGAGCAUCAAAGUUUUGUGUUAGAUUCAAUUCUGACGCCAGUUAAACUGGAACAAUUUAAAUUGUUUUUCUUUGACAUUUACCCUCUUGAGGGAAGUUUAGUUUUGCACUUGAUAUGUAUAAGAAUCCGUUUUACUAUGCUUUUAGAAAAUAUUUUUAACAUAAAAA